CAAAGGUAUGAUCCAAGUGAGUGUAGAAGUUGAUAAUAAUGAGCAUAAACAAUGAAGAUAUGAACUCAUUAAGAGUGCGAAUUAGUGCGGAUGUGCGGGCCAUUGUAAAUGGCGAACGACUGAGUAAUGAGGAAUCGCGGAAAGAAGAAUUAGGUCAUCUUGGUCAGUUAGUAGAUCAAGCUGAUGGUCUAAAUGCUGAUGAUGUAUCUGAUCUCUUACAGGCUAUACUUAAUAGUGGUCCUAGCAAAUCAUUAUCAUCAUCAGAGAAGAGGUAUGUUAUUAAACAUAUAUUAAUACCGCAUGAUACUUGUGAAUUAAACAUUGAAUUAAUCUAUAGUAUUCUAGGUCAAAUAGGUAUUAAUCUGGGGACUAGUAAGAAACUGAAAUCUAUAUCUCAAACUUUACAAUUGUUAUUGCUUCAAUGGAUAGUUGAUAAUCUUGAAAGCUUUGGUUCUCAUAAGUAUCAUCAAUUAUAUCGUAUGUUACCUAUAUUAUUCAAUUAUCUAUCAUUCGAAUAUCUGAGACCAUAUAUUGCUAAUUUCAUAUAUCUCACGUUAACUAAUCAUACUCCAUCAUUUACUAGUUACUUCAAUAAACAAGUCAAUAUUAAUCCACCUCCAGUAAAGAGAUUUUAUGUACAAUUGGUAGUAGACUUAUAUUAUAGGUUCCCAACUGAUGAUUACUUAAAGAGUUUAUUGAUCCUUUUCCAUCAAUUGGAUGCUAGCUUGGAUUUGGGUAUAGACUUAUCGUCUUUAAAGAAUUCAUCAUCUUUCUCAUAUCCAUCAGAAAGGGAUUUAAUAAGUAAAGAUACUAAUGGUAGAAAAAGAUCUAGAGGUAAUUCUCAAGAGUCUAUUAUAUACUUUGACAGUAAGGAUGAAUUUAAUGUAUCAGUACAUCAAAUCAAUUCAUUAUACGAUCUAAUUAAGCAUUUCCAUUCAUUGAAGUAUUUGGAUGUAAGAAGUAUGUUAGUAAAUACUGAACCAUCACCUGAAAAGAACUAUAAGAUGAUAUUUCUCGUAUUACAAACAAUAUUACAAGCCGAUUCAUCCAUUAUCAAGAAACUAGAUCACACUAUACGGUUAAUUCAUUUAAAUGAAUCACUAGAUAAGAUUUCCGAUAAUUUAGAGGAUUUGUUACAGUUUGCUCCUGGAAUUAUUCAAUUACCACUGUUGACCAGGAUAAUUCAAGAUUCUCCGGAUUAUAUCAGAUUUCUUCCCUUACUAACCCAUGAACUUCCAUCUGAUUUUAAAGUCAAGGUUUUAGUUCCUAUACUAGAGCAUAAUUCAGGCACUGCCAAAGGGUUUGAAUCUAUUGUAAUGUUUGUAAAAUAUUUUCAAAAUUGCUUCAGACACCUUCAAACUAGUCCUGAUACUCACUUUAAUGCUAAAAUGAAGUAUUACAAUGAAGUUAAUGAAUGUGUUACAGCAUUAUUCCAAUAUCUUGCCAAAGUUCCAUUAUGUUAUGAAUGGUGCUUAGCAGUUAUAAGUAUAGUAAACUUUUUAAAAUCCAUACCUUUGAAUGAUUUAAAUGAAUUCUUUGAAGAUUCUAGUGUUACAAUUCCUCCUAAUAUUGUUCACCUUGCUUUAUUCUAUGGUGAUCCCUAUACAUUUUCUGAGAUAUGUGGAUAUAUAGCAUUAACGAAGAAUUAUCACUUCAAAACAGAAAAUCAUAAACUUCUACAAAAUUGUUAUAUUAUGGAUAUUGUUAAUUUAGUAUGGCGAGACAAAGGAUUUAGUCAUGAUAUUGCUCCAUCUUCUUCAAAUCGUGCAUGUUUAUUAAAUCCACAACUAAUUCAAAAUUUCCGAUUUCUCCCUAUAUUCAAUACUAAUCCUAUUAAUUUAAUAGGUAGUUUAUUUUUUAAUCCAUCAUGGUCAUAUAUCUCAUCGCAAAUAGUUUGGAAAUUAGAAGAUCAAAAUGAAUUCAUUUCUGCUCGUCAUCAAGGUCCUGUAACUAUUGAAAGUAUAAGAAAUCUUACAGAAGAUGAUGACAAUACUUGGCUUAAUAUUAGUUAUGAUGAUCUUAAGUUACAUGUUCUUAAGCAAUUGGAUACUUUGAAGUUUACAGGAUUAUGUGAUCUUCUCUUUAGUUCAUUAAAGACCUUAAUGCAACAACGAGAUACCAUUGCAAGAACUUAGGGAAAAAUAGUUUAAGUUGACUGCAAAACAAAAACUUUUGCAGUUGUGUAUAUGAAUCUACAAACUAGUAAUGAUUAUAUAGACUAAAAUAUUCAUAAACCAGAAUAUACGUGUAAUGUCCAAAG